AUGGGAUUGCUUAGAAGUCAGGGGAUAACUUCGAAAAAGGGGGUUUUUUAUCGGAUUGAGGGGAAAGAAGAGUUUUGUUCUUUUCUUAGCAGCUUUGUCAGUUAUUUUAUUGUUAGGGAUAUCCAGGUGCCUUGGGACCCAUCGGAUGCGGAUUUUCUUGAGGGAGCUUUAUGGUUGUCUAAGAAGAUCCAGAGAUCUGUAACCAGUUUGGUUGAUACUAAAGUGAGGGCUUUUGCUGCCCCUACUAUUGUGGUUGUAACUUCUGCAUUUAUAUCUAAUGAGAAAGAAUAG